AUGUCUGUUGGCAGCCAUGCCUAUAGGCAUGCGCUACAGCGUGCUCCCUCGCGUCUCGACUACGUCUGGAUCAGCGACGAGCUUCUCUCAUCGACGUUCCAGAGGUUCGUGAACGGUCAGCGCCGAUACGGAAGUCGAGUUCCCGGUCCAUUAGAAGCCAGUAAGCGGCUUGCUAAAAGGAGGAAUACCGCCUUGGCUGUGGGAGGAACCUCUUUUGACCCUGCUGCUAAUGUUGCUCAUUUGUUCGGCGCCAAUGGCACGGGACACGUUCGUCAAUGGGACGAUUCUCCAUGGUCGUCACGCUGGCCGGAGCCAUUGGAGCUAUUUUCCUACUCCGACCAGCCUCCUCCACCUCCCAACCUAUCAUUUCUGGCGCAGACAGAAGGUUCGGCAGAAGUCUUAGGCGAUGCAAUUGAACCCCUACCGUCAGAAAAUCCAACAUUCUCCUCAUCUCUGGCAGGAUGCAAAACCAUACAUGAUGUGAGGGAGGCAUUGGAAUGGUACCAUAUCGAUCUUCGAGACGAACCGGAGUAUAGCCGCAUGAUAUUCAAUCACUUUUACCAAAUGAUAUCCCGGCACAACCAAACCUCUAGCGUCCAUGAGCUUCUAGAAUUUCUGAAUGAUUCGAGCCUCAACAUAUAUGGAAUGGGCAAUUAUGGCGAGCUGUUUGAACACCUUAGCGCCGCUGGCCUUGCUAUGGUCUACAAAAUGAAGAUCAUCGACAAUGUCAGAAAAGCUAUCGGUCUCGGCGUUGUUCCUGUCAGAGAGAUCAGUCAGAUCCUGAAGCUGUUACCUGCGUCAAUAUGUGAUCGUGAAUCGCCUUGUAAUCUGCAGGAGUUGGAGGCUCUGGAAAAAGCUUUCAACGAUAUCUGGACCUCGUUGCAAUCAUGCAGUGUGUUCAAGUUGCAUGAGGUUGAUCACGAACUCCUUAACCCAUGGAUUGAUCAGCUGAUGUCGUUGCAUGACGCCCGGUUUCUGCGUUUGGCCAAAUGUAUCCUUGCUGCAUAUUAUCAUUCGAUAAGAAGUCUUUCUUACUCACUUUCUCUGCGCGCUUUACACGUUCUAUCUUCGCGAAGAGCAUUAGUCGAUCAGGGCAUUUUUGCGACAUAUCUUGAACAGGCUUUAAUACGUAGUGACAAAGCGUCCUUGAAAUACGCGAAGGACCUUGUUUUAACCUAUCAUCGAUACGAGCCGAUGCCCUCCAACUCGAUUGCAAGCAUCUUGCUGCAAUACCUCAUCGCUCCGCAAGAUUCAACUGAUUUAGGAGGAAGCUCUGCUCAGAUAUUGCCGGACCUGUUACGACAGUUGAAUGCAGAUAUUGCUACGGAGUACAUAGUUCUGAUUACCGAACGUCUAACUUUUGCAAAACGAGAGGACCCAGCUCGCAGCCAUGCCCUCAGAGUCUUGCGAAGCUGCCUUCUGCACGUUGAUAGGCCGACUAUACUGUCGUCAAAGGCAUGGUCUGAGCUGAAAGAGGACAGUUCUUUCCGCGCGUCCCAAGGACUGAGGGUUGCUCUCCGCAUGUGGACUUGGAUCGCUCUAAAUACUACACCUCACCGAAGGCUUGCAAGACCCCGCUCAGACCAUAUCCUUGAAAAAAGCGUAUAUGCUGCUGGCAUGUCUAUAUUGAAGCUCUUCGACAACGUGACAACGAGCAUCGUGUGGCAAUUCCAUGGAAACAGAACAGAGCUCCUGUCCAAACUAGUUGCGGGUCUUCAACAGCUUGAUGUUCCAAGUAAUCAAGUAUUGAAAAGGGUGUACACACUUCUCAGUCGCAGACAAAUCACGAAUCAUUCGACUCUCCAGUCUUUUCAGAGGCUUGAAGAGGGACGCAUGACACUGGAACACGCUGCUUUACAUCAAAACGUGUUCAAUUCGACUAAGCAUUACUUCUUAUCUUCUCACUUGAGGGUCAUACAAAAUGUGGACGUCACCAGUCCCGAUUUUAUUGAGAACAUGGUCGAGAUGAUCGAGAAAGAUAACAGCAAAAUACGCCAUUUGAUCUUUCUGAUUUCUUUGCACACACCUCUGAAGAUUGCCUUGGCCAUGGCAAGCACCCGCAAUGCGGGCCAUAUUCCCAACACGAAAAGAGUCCAAGCCAUCUUGCGACUCGAAUCCAAAGGCAAACAGCUAUACCUCGAACCAAACGCCUGUGUGUCACUCAUUCAUCUGCUUGCCUCCUCGAUCGCCAUAUCGGACAAAGUGAGCCCUCGAGCAGCGUUUAAUCUUGUAACGUACCUCUACUACUACUUGAUUAAGCAUAAUGGCCCGGUGAAACCAAACUUUGCCCGUGCUAUGUACCAUUGUGGCAUCACGCGGUUUAGUCAGAGUGGGCUACGGGUAUCCGGCAUUCAGGAAGAUUAUAUUAUGAAAGUUGUGCAACGGCAUGAAGAGCCGGAAGCUGCUCGUGCAUUGAUGAAUGGGUCGUAUAUUGAGCGGAUUUAUUGA